AUUUUGGAAUUGAAAGUAAAUUUUCGGGUUUAAAUGCUAUGGAUAAGUCCAGUGCUUUGGAAUACAUCAACCAGAUGUUCCCGACAGAGGCAUCAUUAUCUGGUGUGGAGCCACUUAUGCAAAAGAUACACAGUGAGAUUCGUCGUGUGGAUGCAGGAAUAUUGGCAGCUGUUCGCCAACAGAGUAAUUCAGGAACCAAAGCCAAGGAAGAUCUUGCUGCAGCAACACACGCUGUACAGGAACUUAUGUACAAGAUACGAGAAAUAAAAACCAAGGCUGAGCAAAGCGAAACGAUGGUCCAGGAAAUCUGUCGUGACAUAAAAAAGCUGGACUUUGCGAAGAAGCACAUAACAACUACAAUUACUGCUCUUCAUCGUCUUACCAUGCUCGUCUCGGCUGUUGAGCAACUUCAAGUAAUGGCUUCAAAACGCCAGUAUAAGGAGGCAGCUGCACAGUUGGAGGCGGUAAACCAGUUAUGUGGCCACUUUGAAGCCUACAGGGAUGUCCCAAAGAUAACUGAGCUGAGAGAGAAGUUCAAGAACAUCAAACAAAUACUCAAGUCUCACGUAUUCUCUGACUUCGCGAGCUUAGGUACAGGGAAAGAGACAGAAGAAGCCAAUUUACUGCAGCACUUAUCGGAUGCUUGCUUGGUUGUUGAUGCUUUGGAGCCAUCUGUGAGGGAAGAGUUAGUAAAAAACUUUUGCAGCAAGGAACUUACUUCGUAUCGACAAAUUUUUGAAGGGGCAGAGCUGGCAAAAUUGGACAAAACUGAACGGAGGUAUGCAUGGAUCAAGCGACGGCUGCGAACUAACGAGGAAAUAUGGAAAAUCUUUCCACCGGCAUGGCAUGUUGCCUAUUUGCUCUGUAUCCAGUUUUGCAAGCUGACAAGGACACAACUUGUGGAGAUCCUUGAUAAUCUCAAGGAAAAGCCAGAUGUUGGAACAUUAUUGACGGCAUUACAGAGGACUCUUGAAUUUGAGGAGGAAUUGGCUGAGAAGUUUAGUGGAGGGAUGGUUGGCUCUCGAAAUAGAGAAGGUGGGAGCAGUAUGGAAGAGGUGGAUAAAGGGGAGGGUAACAGCCAAUCUGUCUCAGAUAUUCGAAAGAAGUAUGAAAAGAAGCUUGCAGUGCACCAUGGGAGUGGGACUGAAUCAGAAAAGGACAACCAAAAAGAUCUGUCUGUGCCUGGAGCUGGGUUCAACUUUCGUGGAAUCAUUUCAUCUUGUUUUGAAUCACACUUGACAGUAUAUGUAGAACUGGAGGAAAAAACUCUGAUGGAGAGCUUGGAUAAACUUCUUCAGGAGGAAACCUGGGAUCCUGAGGAGGGAAGUCAGAACAAUAUUUUGUCAAGUAGCAUGCAGUUAUUUUUGAUAAUCAGGAGAAGCUUAAAGAGAUGCAGCGCUUUGACGAAGAAUCAGACUUUAUUUAACUUGUUCAAGGUAUUUCAAAGAAUUCUCAAAUCAUACGCGUCAAAAUUAUUUGCUAGAUUACCAAAGGGUGGAGCGGGGUUUGUUGCAGCUGCCACUGGCACGGAUGGACAGAUCAAGACUUCUGACAAGGAUGAGAGGGUGAUUUGCUAUAUCGUGAAUACUGCAGAAUAUUGCCAUAAAACGGCUGGUGAGUUGGCUGAAAAUGUUUCAAAAAUGAUUGAUUCUCAGUUUGCGGAGAAGGUUGAUAUGUCAGAAGUGCAGGACGAGUUCUCAGUGGUGAUCACAAAAGCAUUGAUUACAUUAGUGCACGGUCUAGAAACUAAAUUUGAUGCUGAAAUGGCUGCAAUGACACGUGUUCCAUGGGGUACUCUUGAAAGUGUUGGUGACCAAUCAGAGUACGUCAAUGGUAUAAAUUCAAUUCUUUCCAGUAGUAUUCCUGUUCUUGGAAGUCUGCUAUCUCCCAUCUACUUCCAGUUUUUUCUUGACAAGCUAGCAGCUUCUCUUGGCCCUCGCUUCUACCUCAACAUUUACAAAUGCAAACAAAUAUCAGAAACAGGUGCACAACAGAUGCUGCUGGACACUCAAGCUGUAAAGACAAUUCUGUUGGACAUUCCUGCACUUGGAAGACAGGCAUCGGGUGCUGCCGGCUACUCAAAAUUUGUCAGCCGUGAAAUGAGCAAGGCUGAAGCUCUUUUAAAGGUUAUUUUGUCACCCAUCGAUUCUGUGGGUGAUACGUACCGAGCACUGCUUCCUGAGGGGACACCUUCGGAAUUCCAGCGGAUACUUGAGCUAAAGGGCUUGAAGAAAGCAGACCAGCAAACUAUACUGGAUGAUUUCAACAAGCACGGGUCAGGAAUCAAGCACCCAUCAACGGUCCCAUCAGUCGUCGUGCCAUCGGCGCCAAUGGUCAUAACUGCUCCCAUUACGUCCACCCCAAAUACCACUGGAGCGAUAUCGAGAGAGGAUGUGCUCACUCGGGCAGCCGCUCUUGGCCGUGGUGCUGCCACGACUGGAUUCAAGAGGUUCCUCGCUCUAACGGAGGCUGCAAAAGAUCGCAAGGAUGGGCCUUUCCGGAAGCUAUUCAACCCAUGAAACAGGUUUAACAUGCAAGUCUUUUGUAUUUUUUUUUUUCCUUUUUUCAAAAGAUAGUCUUUGCAUCCAUCUUUUUAACAGAUGAGAACAAAAAAAGAAAAGAAAAAAAAAAAGCCUAAUGAGGUUGUGGGUUGCGGCUGUAAUUCCAAAUAGUAAGAGUCUGAAUGACUCUCUUUGAUUUGUUCAUCUAUUUCCUAGUUUUGGGAGCAAGACAGAAGAAAUUUGAAGUUUUCAAGAAACAGCUCUUCUUCUU